AUGCUUUCAAGAACAUCUACAUUGAGAUCUAUAAGACAAUUUUCAACCACAUCGUCAGUACUUACCAAGUCAACCAAGUCUACCAAGAAGACCAACCAUACCAAGAAACAAAAAGAUGAUAUAACUUAUGGACCACUUUCUGAAGCUCAAAAGGCAUUUUUAGAUCGAGUUAUUAGAGUAGAUCAAGCAGGAGAAUUAGGAGCCAAUUAUAUUUAUAUGGGACAAUAUUUUGUAUUAGCCAAUAAAUAUCCUCAUUUAAAACCAGUUUUAAAACAUAUGUGGGAACAAGAAAUUCAUCAUCAUAAUACAUUUAAUAGAUUACAAACAAAACGUAGAGUUAGACCAAGUUUAUUAACACCAUUUUGGAAAGUUGGAGCGGUUGGAAUGGGAGUAGGUACUGCAUUAAUUGGGAAAGAAGCAGCUAUGGCAUGUACUGUUGCUGUUGAAACUGUUAUUGGUGGACAUUAUAAUCAACAAUUAAGAGUAUUAAUGAAUCAAUAUAAUGUUGAUUUAUUUGAUAAAAAAUCAGGCGAAAAAAUUGAUAUAAAUGAAAUUGAUAAAGAUAUUAAAACAAGUGAUGAAUUAAAUGAUUUGAAAAAUAAAAUAAGUCAAUUUAGAGAUGAUGAAUUAGAACAUUUAGAUACUGCUCUUAAUCAUGAUGCUGAAAAAGCUGUUCCCUAUAUUGUUAUUACUGAAGCUAUUAAAUUGGUUUGUCGUGGUGCUAUCUGGGCUGCUGAAAGGAUCUAA